AUGUCCAGCAAGCAAGACAAUAUCAUGCCCUCCGCCGAAUUCGCAAAUACCUCCGUGGGGCAGAUGGCUGCGCCCGUGUCUACGUGUGAUUGUGGGGGCGAUGAGAGGGGGUGUAGGUGUCCGGCUGGGAAGUGUGCGUGUGGUGCGCAUAACCAGAGCUGUAAGUGCUGCGAGCAGAACCCACCCGAGAAGAAGUGA